AUGAAGCAGACUGCAGAAUCUCUCCAGGUGAAUGUGAGCAGACAGAGCACAUCACAGUUGCCUGCAGAGAUUAUCCAGUCGGACUCGGGUCUGCGGUGGGUACGUGUUCCGGUCGAGGAAGUCAAUGGGCAGCAGAUGGUUAACACAGAUCUGGAUAAAGGACAGGCCUCAACCCCCCCCCACCCCAAAAGGUCCACGAUGGGCCUCCUGGAGGGCCAUAUUGUAGUGUUUGUUGACGGUGCAGCGGAGGAUGAGAUAAGCGCGCAGCGUGAGAAUGCCGUGGCGGGGCUGCAGAUGUGCGCGGGGCCUGGGUACGAGCGCGGGGUCACGGCGGAGGGAUGUGUGCGCCCGGGCCGGACAGUGGCUAAAAACAAUUGGGAUAUGCGUGAGCUGAAGUGA